UUUAAAGAGACCUUCGUUAUGACCUUCAGUCGAUCGCCAAUGGAGUUUCAAGAUUUCAUCCUGAUAGCGGCAUGUUCUUUAGGCUUCAUCUCUCUCUGCAAAACCUGCAUCCGAUUUCUCAAAUGGGUCUGGGUUUCGUUCUUCAGGCCUGCAAAGAAUCUCAAUGAGUAUGGCUCUUGGGCUCUCGUAACUGGCUCCACCGAUGGAAUCGGCAAAGCCCUUGCAUUUGAGUUAGCUUCGAAGGGCAUUAACCUAGUCUUAGUUGGUCGCAGCCCUUCAAAACUCGAAGCUACGUCGAACGAAAUACGGGAAAUGUUUGCAGGAAAAGUAGACGUAAAAGGUAUUGUUAUAGACUUAGCGAAAUUCAGUGGGGAAAAGAUAUCAAACAUGGUGGAGGAUGGGAUUAAAGGGUUAGAUGUUGGAAUUUUGAUAAAUAAUGCAGGGAUGGGAUCUCCUUAUCCGAUGUUUCUUCAUGAGGUUGAGUCUGAGGUUUUGGAGAGCCUCGUGAGGGUAAAUAUGGAUGCUGCAACUUGGGUGACGAGAGCUGUGCUUCCGGGCAUGCUGCAGAAGAAGAAAGGAGCCAUUGUCAACAUUGGUUCUGGCUCCUCCAUGGCCGUUCCUGCUUUCCCUUUAGGCACUAUAUAUGCUUCAACAAAAGCGUAUAUGGCGAUGUUCUCGAGAUGCCUUAGUUUGGAAUACGAGAAGCGCGGAAUAGAUGUUCAGUGCCAGGUUCCACUAUUUGUGGCAACAAAGUUGAUAAGACGUUUGAACGAUACAGCUUCUUUAUUUACUCCCACAGCAGAAAUGUAUAGCAAAGCAAGCAUCCGAUGCAUCGGUUAUGAACAUAUCUGCACGCCCUACUGGUUGCAUUCUGUACAGUGGUUCUUAAUACAAAGAUUGCCAGAUGCAUUGUUAAAUUGGUACCUGUUUGAGCUCUUAAAUAAAUCACGCAAAAGAAGAAUGGAGAAGUAGCUAGUACAAGAUUUCCGAGUGUCAACGACUGCGUUUUGUUCGUGCAAUUAUAUAUAGAUCGAGGAGUUGAUUGAUGAUGUGAAAGCUGUUGGGGGAGUCAUUUUUAAGAGUAUUUUAUCUAAAGGCUUGGAGAUAAGAGUGCGCUUUAAAGCUUCUGUUUGGGUUUGAGUUUGGAAGAUUAAUAAAAAGUACUUAUAUCAA